UCCGUCGGAAAGUUUUCACCGCUCGGUCAAAUCUUUCGCAGUGCUCGUACGUGUCGGUCGUAUGUUCGAAGCUCUUGCGGGGUAAAACAGUUUUUUUUCUCUCAGCAGCAGCAGUGCCAGACAGCAGAAACUUUCUGCUUUGUCGACGCCAUAUUGGCAGUGGUGUAGGACAGUUCGUUCCUGCUGCCGUUCGUCGCGAUCUAGUGUGCAUUGUCCCUGAUUGCUGAUCCGCCGUGUGUGCGAAAUAAAAAUAUAAUUAGGGUGCAUCGAAGGAGGCGAUGCAAGUGCAAGUGAACCGGCUGCGAUUGAAGUGUCAAAAAGUUGGUAAUAAAACUGAUUGUUGAUUAGUGGGACGAUUGUUGAUAUUUUUUCGGGUGAAGUGAAGAGUGUUAGAAGACAUUUUUUCAAUAGUGAUAAGUGAAGUGUUGAUUUAGGCAUAGCUAGCUGAGAAAAACUCGGAACCAUGUCCGACGAAUACUAUGAUGAAGACGGGUUCCGUCUCGAGUUCGAAGACGACACAUCCGACCAGGAGAAGCAGUUUUUCAUGCGAGCCUUUCCGAAUGUGAACAAAAUCGCGGAACGCAAGGUGCAUUGCACGUCGUGCUACAUGCACAUCGGAACGGCCCCAAUCACGGAAGCCAUAAUCCGUAUGCAUCCGGUGCUGCGGGUCUCGCACUGCCGCAACUGCCACACCUUCUACAACAGUGGCGAGUUCGAUAAGGGCGAAGAUGGCAGCGAACUGUACUGCCGCUGGUGCGGACAGGGCGGCGAAGUGUACUGCUGCUCCAAGUGUCCAUACGUGUUCUGCAAGAAAUGUAUCGUGCAGAACUUGUCCCGUGCCUGCGUGCAGGACAUUUCACGCAACGACAACUGGCAGUGCUUCAGCUGUGCACCGAAAAUCAUGUGGCAUUUGCGGGCCCAGCACUGGGCGUUGGUCAACUACAUCGAGAAGCAGAAGAAGUAAGUAAAAUACAAAAAUUCCCGGUUUUUAUCAUUCUUUGGACCCUGACGAAGACUUUCGAAACGUCAAUUGGACAUAGACAUAUGUUACUUGGACAAAGAUAUCAUUACAAUUUUAAAAGUGGACAUUUAGUGUACUAUUUAAAGCUUUCUAACAUACAAAUCCGUUAAAAAAGUUUUUAACAACUCAUACUUCAAUACAUUUUCAAGUAGAAUUGUAUCUAUGUAAUAUUUUGAAGAACUAUCGUAAAAUUUAUCGAUUUGCGAAGUUACAAAAUGGCUGCCUUCGCGUCGCCUUCAAUCAACGUUGCAUUGUUCGACGAGAAAAUUGUAUGUACCUUCGUAUCGCAUUGUCUUCAUAGCGUAGCUUCUCUUCCAUACAAACUCAAGCGCACAAAUACAUGUAUUGUCGAGUGCGGGUAGAGAAGCUUGCCUCGACAUCUGCAUGAAACCGUCCAAACAUUGACCCACCAGAGGUCUACACAAAGCAGAACCAUCCAACUGAAGAAAAGGAAAAAGAGCGAAGUAACCGUACAACGAUAAUAGGGUAAACCGCCCAACGAUGAGCGCUUCUCUGUCGAGCGAAAUGACUCAGUCCGAUAGCGGUGCUAAAUGACGAGAAACGAGUUUUGUUGGUAUCUGCUGUGCGCGUGCGCUGCUAUGUAGGAUGUUUUUUUUUCGGCCGUAUAUCAGCUACUUACCGACAUGGGUUGGUGCGGCAUCAUGCCCUGGAUGGCUGAUGUCGAACGUCAGCAAGCAGAGCGUUGGCUGCGGAUAAACGAUUUUUUACCAUCGUCAGGGUUCGAGUCUUGUCCGGUACGCGAGGUUAUGUUUUUACUUUCGCUGUGAUUAUUCAGUCUUCGAACCUUAUAAAACAAAGUAUUUUGGAGUUUUCACAAAUUUUAUUUUAUUUCAGCAUAUUUUUUAUCGAAAGUUAGAUAUAAAUUUUAUAUGUGUCUUAUAGAAAGUAUAAGCAACUUAUGUCCAAUUCUCUUUUAACACGUGUGAAAUUGUUAAACUGAAAUUGCUGAAAACAUGCUUAGCUCAUAAUUUCACCUGAAAACGAUAUUCAACAUUCUCGAAAUGUUUAAUAGGUGACACUACCUAAAAAAAGAUUUUAUUAAAUUUUUUAUCAUAUUUCAUUAAAAUAAAUAAUUGGAAUAUUCCUUUAAAAUAAAUCAUUGUAUACUUUUAGAAUAUUUAAUAAAAAUAAUUUGUAUGGAAUUUCGAAAAAUAUAUUGAAAAUUGAAAAUUUAUUAAAAAUCCGAUUCUAUUGAAAAAAUCGGAGACGUAUGUAAUCAAAAAUAUAAAUCAUAGAAAAUUUCCGCAUAAAU